GUCCAAAGGGUUCCAUACAUAGGCUUGAACACACAACUCCAAGUCUAGUCUACAACCUCCCCAAUCCUCCUCCUCUUCUCCAAUCCCUAGUCCAGUAGUCCUCUCUCUCUUCUACUCAAACCCCUAAAGUUAAAGGCAGCAUGGUCGGACCAUCAGCUGACCCCACCAACACUCUCAAAUUCCUCUGCAGCUACAGCGGCAAAAUCCUCCCCCGUUACCCUGACGGCAAGCUCCGUUAUCUCGGCGGCGAAACCCGCGUCCUUGCCGUCCACCGUUCCAUUUCCUUCUCUGAGCUAUUGCUGAAGCUGGGAGAGCUGUGCGGCACAACCGUCGGUCUCCGUUGCCAACUGCCAACCGAAGACCUCGACGCCCUUAUCUCCGUCAAGUGCGACGAGGACCUCGCCAAUCUCAUCGAGGAGUACGACACAGCUGCGGCGGCCGCCACGCCGUUGAAGAUCAGAGCCUUCCUUUCGCUCCCCGCCAACAAAAUUCCGACGUCUCCUCCGUCAUCCUCGGCGUCCUCCUCGAAAUCCUCGUCUUCAAAUCACAGUACUACAUGUGCCUCCGGAUCCACUCCCAGAUUCUCGAUGCCGUUGCCGGCGGAGCGUUGCCUCCGUCAAGUUUCGCAUACGGCGCCGUUUCAGCGAGCUCCAGCAGCAGCUGGGAAAGAUCCUCACUGUGCUAAUUACCAAGCUCAUGGAAACCCUAGCCGUCUCUACCUCGUCCACAACGGCAACCACUGGCAAUAACACACCAUGUGCAUGGCAGUGAUAAAACCUUUGAUCUGAGAGACUAGUCGGACAGAACAAAUCCUAUAUGCCGCAUUUGAAAGAGAGAUUAAAUACCUAAAAUCCAAAGAAAACAAAAAUCAGAGUAUAUAUUUAUAUGAUGUAAUCGUUCAGAAGGGUUGCUUAUUUUGAUCCGCGGCGAUUAAUGAAUUUUCAGUACUUCUCCAA